CCAUUCAUUUCCUGAGAACUGCAUUGAGCAACUGAGGGACUCUCUGUAUGUGUGUGUGAGAAAGGCACAGACAGGGGAUUCUCUAUAAGGCAAACGAACCCUUUCCUCCACUGCUCUGCAGCUUCUAUACAGAAAGACGUCUUUUAAAGCAGAAUGUUAAUGCUGGACGGGAUGCCGGCAGUCAGAGUCAAAGCAGACCUAUUGGAAUCUGAGCAAGGGUCCCCAAAGGAUCACAAUUUUCCAGAUAUGGAAGCCGUUCCUCUUCUUCUCAACAGUGUGAAAGCAGAACCACCUGAGGAUUUAUUAUCCACUGACCAUUUUCAAACACAAACUGAGCCAGUGGACUUGUCAAUAAACAAAGCUAGAACGUCACCCAGAGCAAUUUCUUCUUCUCCGGUUUCCAUUACAACUUCAGCUGCAUCACCUUCCUCAAACUCAUCUUCUUCAUCCAGCCGUCCGGCAUCAUCUCCAACCGUGAUAACAUCUGUACCUUCCACGGCAUCAAUGCCAACAGUAUUAACCCCAGGACCUCUUGUAGCUUCAGCAUCUGGGGUUGGAGGACAACAAUUUUUGCACAUUAUUCACCCAGUACCAACUUCAAGCCCUAUGAAUUUACAGUCUAACAAACUAAGUCAUGUUCACCGUAUUCCUGUUGUUGUACAGUCGGUUCCUGUUGUUUAUACAGCUGUGAGGUCACCGGGAAGUAUGAACUCUACCAUAGUUGUACCUCUACUGGAAGAUGGUAGGAGCCAUCUAAAAGCACAUAUGGAUCCCAGAGCACUCUCUCCGAGACAAAUAAAAAGUGAUAGUGAUGAUGAUGAUCUGCCAAACGUGACCUUAGACAGUGUUAACGAAACUGGAUCAACGGCUCUAUCUAUAGCGAGAGCAGUACAAGACUCAGUCUCACCGUUCAGUAUUGAAAGCACAAGACGCCAGCGAAGGUCAGAGUCCCCAGACUCAAGAAGACGGAGAAUACACAGGUGUGAUUUUGAAGGAUGUAACAAGGUCUAUACAAAGAGCUCCCACCUGAAGGCACACAGAAGAACUCACACAGGAGAAAAACCGUACAUGUGUACAUGGGAAGGUUGUACAUGGAAAUUUGCACGCUCAGACGAACUGACACGGCAUUAUCGCAAACACACGGGAGUGAAGCCAUUUAAAUGUGCAGACUGUGACCGCAGUUUUUCCCGUUCAGAUCACCUUGCAUUGCAUCGCCGAAGGCACAUGCUUGUCUGAGCCCCUCACCUAUCAAUAUAGUAGAGCUGGACCUCUCCAUAAUAAUUUCAGCAGGACUGGAUAUGAUCUACAGUGUUAAAAAAACAAAAAAAAAACAUGGAAUACUCCCAAUGUAUCCAAAGUGAAAGAAUGAAACAGGACAAAGUAUUAGCACCAUGCUUCUUUUAGCUUCUAGAAAGAAUCCCUGAGUGUGGACCCCACAGAAAAUGUCUGUACCUCCGACCAUGAGAGAGAGGCUUUCAUUCUGAGGCACCAGGCACUUUUUCUAGGCCUUGACCUGCAUAGUUUUAAACCGUUCCUCUUCUAUUUGGACAGAACUUUUUUCAAGAUUUUCUCCUUCAUUUUGAAAUACUGUAUCAUAGAGUGUUUGGGAGAUCUCCUAAAUUUCCAGUGAUAUAAUUUUAUUUUGUUUCAUAGGGAAAAUCUUUUUGCAUUGUGGCAGUAAAGAAGAACUAAGGAUACACUGCAGAAAAUAAACAAGUGCUGGCGGCAAUUUUUCAUCAGCUAAAAGAAAAUCCAAUAUGUGGGGAUUCUGCAAUAACUGUGAUGAUUAUUAGAUCUCACUCGUUAUUCCCAUCAGUCUAGGAGUUGUGGGAAAAACAACCCAUUACCACUGCUUUAUAUAAUCUGAAGUUUCUAAUUUACAUUGAUGUUUGUGAAAGUAUGUAGGCCGGAAUCUUACGUGAAGUAACGUAUGCUGUUUGUGAGUUUACUUGGCCUCGCUUAAAGUUUUUUGUUGAUUUUUUUCUUAUUCUCCCAGAACCGUCCCUGUUUGUAUUCAAUUCUAGAGCCACAAUUAUUGCACAUGCAUUCAGUAUUAUAUGUAAAACAAACAAAAUAUUAUUUCCAUUAGUGAAGGGGAGAUGAUUGGGGAUCUCCAUGAGAAAUACACAGCAAUCAGAGAGCACAAACGAUAAUGGUUGCAUUUCUAGCUGCUAAGGAGCAAUAAUUACAUGUCCUUUGAGGACUAACUAUACAGAUCAAAUACUUAAACAGUGUUUUUUUUACCAUAUCACAGGAGGCCUUUAAAAAAGAACACAACAAAAUAACUAACUUUAAAUAUUAGAAGAACCCUUCUCUUAAAAAAAAUGUAAAAGGUUAAAAUAAAAUAGUUCACAGGAGAAAAAACAAACAAACCCUUUUGUGAAUAUAAAGUUGAACACAGCGUUGUAUUUUUCCCUCUGGUUGUCCGUUACAGAAUCGGGUCUGUAGGGAAACAAGUAUGCUUUGGAAACAGUCCACAAAGUACAUAAUUUUGACAACAGGCGAAGGGAACUUUUCACCAGCUUUUAAACAUGAGGCAAUAUUAUAUUUUGCUUCGCUCCCACACUGUUUACAUAAUACAUAUGCAGACGAGGCUUACAAUAUUCUUACAACAAUCUGCUUUAUAUUAUAGCAAAUCU